CCGCGCGCGUGAGGCCGGGGCUGGGGCUCCCCGCGGCUUCGCGGGGCGAGGAGGAAGCCGGGCCGCGCACAGCCCCCGCCGUCCCGGGGUCGUGGGGCCGGGCUCCGGGUGUUGCAUGCGGGGCGGGGCGGCCGUGAGCCGGAGGCGAAGAUGGAAGGCUUGACGCUGAGCGAUGCGGAGCAGAAAUACUACUCGGAUCUCUUCUCCUACUGCGACAUCGAGAGCACCAAGAAGGUGGCGGCCAACGGGCGGGUGCUGGAGCUAUUCCGGGCCGCGCAGCUGCCCAACGACGUGGUCCUCCAGAUUAUGGAGCUUUGUGGUGCAACGAGGCUUGGUUAUUUUGGAAGAAGUCAGUUCUACAUUGCUUUGAAACUUGUAGCUGUUGCCCAGUCUGGUUUCCCUUUAAGAGUGGAAAGUAUAAAUACAGUGAAGGACCUUCCUCUGCCGAGAUUUGUUGCUUCAAAGAAUGAACAGGAAUCUCGUCAUGCAGCCUCAUAUUCUUCAGAUUCUGAAAAUCAAGGGUCUUAUUCUGGUGUAAUUCCCCCACCACCUGGCAGGGGGCAAGUGAAAAAGGGAUCUGUAAGCCAUGACCCUGUCCAGCCUCGUACGUCUGCAGAUCAGCAGGAACCUGCAUCCCCAGUCGUUUCACCACAGCAGUCCCCACCAACUUCUCCACACACAUGGAGGAAGCACAACCGUCACCCCAGUGGGGGAAAUAGCGAGAGGCCACUUACAGGACCUGGGCCAUUUUGGUCUCCCUUUGGUGAAGCUCAAUCAGGUUCUUCUGCGGGUGACGCAGUGUGGUCAGGGCACUCUCCACCUCCACCACAAGAAAACUGGGUCAGUUUUGCAGAUACUCCACCAACCAGUACUCUUUUAACCAUGCAUCCUGCUUCUGUCCAGGACCAGACAACAGUACGAACUGUAGCAUCAGCUACAACUGCCAAUGAAAUUCGUAGGCAAUCCAGUAGUUAUGAUGAUCCUUGGAAAAUAACAGAUGAACAAAGACAGUAUUAUGUAAAUCAAUUUAAAACCAUUCAGCCUGAUCUAAACGGAUUUAUUCCAGGAUCUGCAGCUAAAGAGUUUUUUACAAAAUCAAAACUUCCUAUUCUUGAACUUUCUCACAUUUGGGAACUUUCAGACUUUGAUAAAGAUGGAGCAUUGACACUGGAUGAGUUUUGUGCUGCUUUUCAUCUGGUAGUUGCUCGGAAGAAUGGCUAUGACUUACCAGAAAAACUCCCUGAAAGCUUAAUGCCCAAACUGAUUGAUUUGGAAGACUCAGCAGACGUUGGGGAUCAGCCAGGUGAGGUAGGUUAUUCAGGCUCUCCUGCAGAAGCACCUCCAAGCAAGUCGCCGUCAAUGCCGUCACUAAACCAGACUUGGCCUGAGUUGAAUCAGAGCAGUGAGCAGUGGGAGACAUUUAGUGAACGCUCUUCAAGCUCACAAACUCUGACCCAAUUUGAUUCUAACAUUGCACCAGCUGAUCCUGACACCGCUAUCGUGCAUCCGGUUCCCAUCCGCAUGACUCCGAGCAAGAUCCACAUGCAGGAGAUGGAGCUGAAAAGAACCGGCAGCGAUCACACUAAUCCCACUAGCCCAUUACUUGUGAAAACGUCUGACCUGUCAGAGGAAAGUAAGAUAAAUUCAUCGGUGAAAUUUGCUUCUGGAAAUACUGUAGCAGAUGGGUACAGUAGUUCAGACUCUUUUACUUCGGACCCAGAACAGCUUGGAAACAAUGUAACUCAUCAAAGGUCUCAUUCUGGAACGUCGCCUGAUAACACUGCACCACCACCUCCCCCUCCAAGGCCUCAGCCUUCUCAUUCUAGAUCAUCAUCUUUAGAUAUGAAUCGGACCUUUGCAGUCACCACAGGACAACAACAGGCUGGGGUUGUUGCCCACCCUCCUGCAGUGCCUCCAAGGCCACAGCCCUCACAGGCUCCUGGUCCCGUUGUGCAUCGCCCAGUGGAUGCCGAUGGCCUAAUAACUCACACUAGUACCUCACCUCAGCAGAUACCAGAACAACCAAAUUUUGCAGAUUUCAGCCAGUUUGAAGUAUUUGCUGCAUCAAACGUAAAUGAAGAACAAGAGGAUGAAGCUGAGAAACAUGCAGAGGUCUUACCGGUUGAAAAAGCUUCUGAUCCUGCAAGUUCUCUUCGAGUUGCCAAAACAGAUAGUAAAAUUGAAGAGAAGACAGCUGCUGGCGCUCCUGCCAAUGUGAGCAAAGGCACAACACCCCUUGCGCCACCACCUAAACCUGUUCGCAGAAGAUUAAAAUCAGAAGAUGAAUUAAGGCCAGAAGUUGAUGAACAUACACAAAAGACCGGUGUCUUAGCUGCUGUUCUUGCAUCACAGCCUUCUAUUCCUAGGUCUGUUGGGAAAGAUAAGAAAGCAAUUCAGGCAUCAAUUAGACGCAAUAAGGAAACCAACACAGUUUUGGCCAGAUUGAACAGUGAAUUGCAGCAACAAUUAAAGGAUGUUCUUGAGGAGAGAAUUUCUCUGGAAGUUCAACUGGAACAACUUCGACCGUUCUCUCACCUAUAAGCCAAUUGCCGUUAACUGUGAACAUACCCAUUUUUAAGCAGUUCUGGGUCCAAGCCAAUUUGGAGACCCAGACAGUCAGCUCACUGCUUAAUUCAACAUUGAAUUUUAUGAUUCUGUUUUGCCCUAUAUGUUCACCUGUAUUUAAGUAUCUUUUAUUUUUUAAUUUCAACAAUAAAAGGGUCAGGAUGA